AUGCCAAGGAAACCUCAGUACACCGUUAGUAAUGCAGCUGGAAUUGUAGCUGGCCAUAAUAGUCAAACUCACGCUAAUCCGCAAACGGAUGGAACACAUGAUACGGGAGCAGAUACUUCAAUUGCACAGCGACGUGCAAGAGCCCCUCCACCUCCGCAUUCAGGCCACGGUGCUCGACAAUCCCGUGUUAACAUUGUACCCUUUCGACCACCUCGCAAUGAAACACGGCUAGAUUCGUCAGAAAAUGGUGUGAUCUCUUCUAUGGAGCUGACUGUUAAGGAGGCAUUAGCACUUCCUCCUAGAAAGAAAGUCGUUCUACACCAUAACAGAGAGUUGCAACAAGUUGAUCAGGCAGCGGGCUUAUUGAGCGGGUUCUUGGAGACAUUGGGGUCUGAUUUUCAACAAUUACCGAUUUGUGCAAAGAGUUGGAAGACAAUGAGCAAGGCUUCCAAGGAGCAUGCGUAUGACCAGGUUAAGCGAGUCUUCCACUAUGAGGACGAUAAAAGAUGGUGGAUAAAGCGGGGAAUUGUACAAAGAAUAGGAAGCUGCUGGAGGAAUUCAAGAAAUAAUUUGUUCCAUAAGGUUUAUAACGAAGAACUAACUUUUGAGGAAAACAUCAGGCGUAAGCCAGCAAGAAUAGAGGAGAAGUGUAGAAUAAAUGACGUUAAUCGUUCAAAGCAACAAUACACACACACCGGAGGUUCUAAAACGAUGGCAAGAAAGAGACACGAAGAAGAAGCAAUUGAACUUAUUGAGAGCCAAGACCCCUCUAGCAAGGAAUUUUCACAGAAUGAUUUUCUUGUACAAGUGCUCGGCAAGGAGCACCCAGGAAGAGUUCGUGGACUCGGUAUUAGUACAUGUUCGAGUCGGUGUUUUCGUAACAUUCCAGAGCAGUCGGACUACAGUGUACAGAUUGAGGAGUAUCAGAUGGAGAUUGUGAAACUCAAGGCGGAGGCAGCAGAACUCAAGACAGCAGCAGCAGAGGAAAAGGCAAAGAGACAGAGAAUGGAGACAGAGGCAGCUGAAGGGAAGGCAAAAAUAUAG